CAGAAAUAGCGCCGAUAUCGCUGAGACGACAGUGUUAUGACGAGGGAGGGGCUGGCAGAAUUGGACGCCGAUGGAUGUGGCAUGCUCCAGUGCGUACUCCAACGCUACCCGUCGGGGAAUGUGCUGGCAGUCGUGAGCCGAGUCAACGGCGGCAAGUACACCCAGUUCUUUGAUGACACCGAGACGAGCGGCAAGCAGGUCCUGGCGGCGUUCAACUUUGCCGGCAUUGGUUUCGCCAACUAUCGAUCGGGCGCGCCCCGCGUUGUGACGACCAAGACGGGGGUCGUCGUGCUCGAUGAAGACGGAACGAUGGCCCAUGACUAUCGAUGGGACCACAUGGCCCCCGACGCCACGCCGCUGCCAUCGCCCGUCGAGUUCAACCUGAACGCGAUUCUGUCGUUCCAGUGCCACAGCCUGGCGCGAAUCCAAGUCACACUUCUGCGCGGCCGCCACUAUGUGUUUGAUGUCGGCCGCACUACGUCGCGACCCGACUCGUACCUCGACAACGUGCUGCGCCACAACGUGGACGGGUCGCUCGUGCUGGACAUUCAUGCGCCGACGCUCGUCCAGCGCCAGCUCGCGUUCCAAGUGGCCGACCCUGUCAAGAAGGCGCAGCGAUACAACUGGGCGCUGCCGCGGUUGUCGAGCAGUGGCCGAGAAGCCGCGCGCGUGCGACCCCGCGCUCAACUACAGGCGGUCAUGGAUGCACAUGCCGCGCUCGUGGACAGACUCCACUCGUUCUCGACGUCCAUCACAGCCAACGUCGCGGACGAGCGGCAGCGGCAACGCGCGAUUCCAUCCCACAGCUUCUUCUCGCCCAUCUCGAAACCAUGCGUUGUGCCGCGAGCCAACGUCAAGCGACCGGUUGUUGUUCCCAAGCACUUGCCGCGCCUCCACCCGCAGCACCUCGAUCAGCUGCUCGCGACCGCCAAAAGCACGCAGCUCGUGGUCGUGCUGUGCUCCACCUUGUCCACGUCCGACUGCGUCGCGGCAGAAAAGAUGCUGGCCAAAUUCGAGCACGACUGGGCCGUUGAAGAAGCACAGCUCGCGGCAGCCAGACCUCUCCCGGUGGCUAUUUCCGCGACGCCAGACGUGGAGCCGAUCCCGAUUCCUCUGACGACGAAAGGCUGUCCUCCACGUGGCAAGACGGCCGGUUCGAAGGUGCCACCCGCCAAAGCCACUCCCGCGGCCACCACCCCACCUGCUUUGCCACCAGCUACCCCCGACACCGUCGCAACCUCCCUACCUGCCGCCAUCACACCUCUUCCGCCAUCCGACUCGAUCGACCCCGCCCCGGAACGCAGCCAGAGCACCAGGCGCAUCCUCCUCGUCGACUGCUCCACAUCAACGCUACUCGCUCGGUGGGACACACAUCACUACGUUCCUAACGCAGUCGUCGUGCCAUCCAGGCGGCAUAACUUUAGUGUGUACCCGAUGUACCUGAUGUACUACGGAGGCCACCUUGGCUUCUGCUCAAACGUGCUCAACGGGUUUGGCCGCACGGACGUCGACUUUUUGCUCCAGGUCAAGACAACGAUGAGGAAUUGCCAACGCAACAAGUUUCUCCCCGUGGGCUUUCGGUUCCCGUAACGCAUCGCGGUGCGGCGGCGUUACAUGGAGACGUCGUCACCGCCCUCCAUGACCGUGCUCGGAGGGUUGUGCUGUAGAAUAGGUGUUGUAAAGCGGCGGCCUCCUGCAUACCCUC